AUGGCGUACAACGGCGGCCAUAAUGAUGGCUACAAUAGCCAUGGCAUGCAGGACCUCAGCCAAAACCCAGCAGGCUACCACCUGCCUCCUGAGAACGAGCAGGACGACGAAGCACAGCGAUCCCUUCUGAGUCAGGGCUCGACCAUGUACGAGCAAGACCGCCUCGGUGGCGCUGCCAGCCCUCCUGCCCGCCCCGUCUCCGCAUACAGCUUGACCGAGUCCUACGCCCCCAAUGCCGGCACCACCGUGCCCGGCCAGGGCCCCGCCGGCGGCUACAGCAACGAGUACGGCGGUGCCGGCGGCUACGGCGCAGAGUUCCCAACCGGUGACCCGGGCCACCCGCCCUCCACCGUCGGCGACGAGGACAGCUGGCUCAACCGCCAGCAGGUGCCCUCUGGCGGCGGCCUGGGCCGCUCAAAGACCAGGAGGGUCAAGCUGGUCCAGGGCUCCGUCCUGAGCAUCGACUACCCCGUGCCCAGCGCCAUCAAGAACGCCAUCCAGCCCAAGUACCGCGACGUCGAGGGCGGCAACGAGGAGUUCACAAAGAUGCGCUACACCGCCGCGACCUGCGACCCCAACGACUUCACCCUCAAGAACGGCUACGACCUGCGGCCUCGCAUGUACAACCGCCACACCGAGCUCUGUAUCGCCAUCACCUACUACAACGAGGACAAGGUCCUCCUCUCCAGAACCCUGCACGGCGUCAUGCAGAACAUCCGCGAUAUCGUCAACCUCAAGAAGUCCACCUUCUGGAACAAGGGCGGCCCGGCCUGGCAGAAGAUCGUCGUCUGCAUGGUCUUUGACGGUAUCGGGAAGACGGACAAGAACGCCCUCGACGUCCUGGCCACCAUCGGUGUCUACCAGGACGGUGUGAUCAAGAAGGACGUCAACGGCGAGCCCACCGUGGCCCACAUCUUCGAGUACACCACGCAGCUGUCCGUCACCCCCAACCAGCAGCUCAUCCGGCCCCUCGACGACAGCCCCCAGACCCUGCCCCCCGUGCAGAUGAUCUUCUGUGUCAAGGCCCAGAACAGCAAGAAGAUCAACUCCCACCGUUGGCUGUUCAACGGCUUCGGCCGCAUCCUGAACCCCGAGGUCUGCAUCCUGCUCGAUGCCGGUACCAAGCCCAGCCCCAGGUCGCUGCUCGCCCUGUGGGAGGGUUUCUACAACGACAAGGACCUUGGCGGUGCUUGUGGUGAGAUUCACGCCAUGUUGGGCAAGGGCGGCCGAAAGCUGCUUAACCCGCUCGUCGCCGUCCAGAACUUCGAGUACAAGAUCUCCAACAUUCUGGACAAGCCCCUGGAGAGCGCCUUCGGUUACGUUAGUGUGUUGCCCGGUGCCUUCUCGGCUUACCGUUUCCGCGCCAUCAUGGGCCGGCCCCUGGAGCAGUACUUCCACGGUGACCACACGCUUUCCAAGAUUCUCGGUAAGAAGGGUAUCGACGGCAUGAACAUUUUCAAGAAGAACAUGUUCUUGGCCGAGGAUCGUAUCCUCUGUUUCGAGCUGGUCGCCAAGGCCGGCCAGAAGUGGCACUUGAGCUACAUCAAGGCCGCCAAGGGUGAGACUGACGUGCCCGAAGGUGCUGCCGAGUUCAUCUCCCAGCGUCGACGAUGGCUCAACGGUUCGUUCGCUGCCAGUCUGUACUCGUCCAUGCACUUUGGCCGUAUGUACAAGUCUGGCCACAACAUCAUCCGCAUGUUCUUCUUCCACGUCCAGGCACUGUACAACUUUGCCAACUUGGUCUUCUCCUGGUUCUCCCUCUCCUCCUACUGGCUCACCACCUCCGUCAUCAUGGACCUGGUCGGCAACCCCCAGGCCCAGGACAACGCGGCUGCCGAUGCUGUUGGCUGGCCCUUCGGAAACACCGUCACGCCGUACUUCAACGCUGUCCUGAAGUACCUCUACCUUGGUUUCGUCAUCCUGCAGUUCAUUCUGGCCCUGGGUAACAGGCCCAAGGGUUCCCGGUACACCUACAUUGCCUCCUUCUGCGUCUUCGGUCUCAUCCAGCUCUACAUCCUGUUCGACUCUGGCUACCUGGUCUACCGCGCCUUCCACGGUGGUCUUGGCCUUGACACGGACAACACUGGCGACUUCCUCAAGAGUUUAUUCGGCGGCGAGUCCACCGGUGGUGUGCUGCUGCUUGCCCUGUUCACCAUCUACGGAAUGUACUACCUGGCCUCGUUCAUGUACCUGGACCCAUGGCACAUGUUCCACUCGUACCCUUACUACCUGCUGCUCAUGUCGACCUACAUCAACAUUCUCAUGGUCUACGCCUUCAACAACUGGCACGAUGUCUCCUGGGGUACCAAGGGUUCCGACAAGGCCGAGGCGCUCCCAUCUGCCAACAUUAUCAAGGACGACAAGGGUGAUGGCCCGGUCAUUGAGGAAGUCGAGAAGCCACAGGAGGACAUCGACAGCCAGUUCGAGCAGACUGUCAGGCGUGCGCUUGCUCCCUUCAAGGAGGAGCCCGAGGACGACAAGCCCGACCUGGAGGACGGUUACAAGUCUUUCCGAACGGGUCUGGUCGCAUCUUGGCUGUUCUCCAACUGUCUUUUGGCGGUGAUCAUCACCUCGGACAACUUCAACGGCCUCGGCAUCGGCACAAACUCCACUGCCCGUACCGCCUGGUUCUUCAAGGUCCUGCUGUACGCUACUGCCUUCCUGUCGAUUAUUCGUUUCAUUGGUUUCUGCUGGUUCUUGGGUAAGACCGGUAUCAUGUGCUGCUUUGCCAGACGGUAA